AUGAUGUUCAUCUUACCCGUUUCCCUCUUGAGCUCUACAAGCAGCUACAUAUACAUAGUGGAGUCCAUCACUGGGCAUCGCAAGACAGCCACGUUAGAUUCCAAUCCGUUGACGUCGAGCUAUCGAGAAACCAAAGCACGAUAUAGACGCAAUUUCGCUCUAUAUCAAGCCGACGCAGUAGAAGGUGAAGGUACUGGACAGCAAUCAGGCGUUGAAGCGGAGCUGGAGAGAUUGCAAGAACAGCUCUCAUUGAUUGAAGCUUUGGAAGAACGGAACAAGGCACAGUUGGAUUCAUUUGUCGAUGAGGAUGACCAGUGGAAUUCGUUGGAAGCAUAUGAAAAGGAACUGUUGAAUUGCAAGGACAAAUUAGUAGAAAGGAUGGAUAUACUUGCAGAGCAAAUGGUCAUGCUAUGGAUGGGGCAAAAGUCACAAGAUGGAUAA